AUGGAUCCCACUAUCAACACGGUUGCUUCGUCCGAAAUGAUCGCUACUCCAUCUAUCACGGCCAAUCCUAGUGCCUCAGUAGCAACAGAAUCGCCCAUGGAAGUCAUCGCUCGUCUAGAGCAACGAAUUGGUGAACUGAAUCUCUUGGUAACUCAAUACCAAGCUGCUUCUCAGAACUUACCACCUGAUGCUCUCCAAAAAGGGCCCAUGCCAUCUUCGUUUCCGACUUCAAGUGAGCUCAAUCAAGGAGAUCAUUUCACCACUUUUCAACAAACUCAAAGAGCCUCACUCUCCCAUUCAACUCAGGAUACCCCGCUUGUGUACACAUUUGCUCCUCCAAAAGCUCCAACGGUAACACAUCAUGCUCCGCCAGUGUACACUUAUGUCACUGCUCCACCUGUUACCAAGGCUCAGGAGUUUCACCGCCAAGAUGUUAAUCAUUAUGUUGGAAUUGAAAAUGAUGCAAAAUCAAUUGAUGCUGAAAUGAUGAAUAAGAAGAUGAAAAGCUUAGAAGAUACUAUGAGAGGUCUUCGUAGGUUCGAUAGUAGCCAGAGUGUGAGAUAUGAAGAGUUGUGCAUAUUCCCUGAGGUUGAGCUUCCACUCGGUUACAAGAUUCCAAAGUUUGAAAAGUUCAGUGGAUCAGGAAAUCCUUUCUUUCACUUGAAAAUUUACUGUGAAAAGUUUAUUGGCGUUGGAAACAACGAAGGGAUAAGAAUCAAGCUUUUCAAUCAAAGUCUGACUGGAAAAUCCUUGAAGUGGUACUCAAAGCAAGAUGUGACUAAAUGGCGUACUUGGGAUGAUCUAGCAAAUGCUUUUGUGGAUCACUAUAAGUUUCAUGUUGAAAUCGUUCCUGAUAGGAUCUCUAUUACCAAGCUAAAACCAAAGUCGACUGAAUGCUUUCGAGAAUAUGCCAUUCAUUGGAGGGAAGAAGCUGCUAGGGUGCACCCACCCAUGGAGGAAUCAGAAAUGAUCACUUACUUCAUUCAAGCUCAAGACUCAGAAUAUUAUGAGUGA